AUGCAUAACUCGUAUCAAUCACAACUUCGUCGAUGUUCAUCGGUCAACGAUCAAGAUUCAUUCGAGUUAAAAACUGACUACGAUCAACACACAAGCAAUUUAAUUCUCCAACGAAAAGUUUCAGUCCAUGACGAUGAUUCAAGUACGAAAGAAAACGAACGACACAGUGAACAUACUUUUACAGCAAAACUUGAUCAUAAUGAAAAUAAACCAGUGACACAAUCGUUUUGUCCGAUUUCUGAUGAGGACUUUUUGGAAUGUGAAAUCAAAGAGGAAUUAACAUUUUCCUCUUAUGUACAUGACCUUGAACUUACUAAGAAUGUCGUAGAUAAUGUGAAGAAAUGUUUCUGUUUUGAUACAAAGACAGUAUUUCAUGCUGAAUUUGCUCGACUCAUUUCAAUCCCGCUAUUAUUACGGCAUAAUGUUCGAUAUUAUCUUUUUGCUGAAGAAGAACUUGUCCAUUGGAAAUUUGUGAAUUUCAACAUUUUAUAUCGUCAACUUGACAAUGCUAAAGCACAAUUUAACUGUCCGAAUACAGAUUGUCAACGUGCGUGGACAUCAAUGCGAGCUCGAAUUUUAUUUUCUGUGUAUUUACCAACAGUUCGAUUUAUUGUACUGAAAAUUUUCGGACAAAAUUGCCAGAAUUGUGGUACAUAUACUAAUGCUCGUUGGUAUACUGACGAAAUUUGUCGGGUAAUAAAAAAUUUGACUUUAUCGCUUUUCGAAACCUAUCAUCCCGAUAUGUUGACCAAUGUUAAGUUAGAAAAAAAUGAAGAAGUAAUACAAAAUAAGCAAAAUCACAUCCAUAAGUUAUAUUAUAAUCAUACUCAAAGACAAGGAAAAAUGUUGGCACAACACGCUAAUGAGUAUUGUGAAGCAUGUCGAAUUGGUUUAUGUUUCACUUGA